GCUCUGCUCGCAACUGCCGAACCGCCUCGCUGCGCUCUGAAUCCAACUUGCACGCUGUGCCUUGAGUGUCUGCUGCCCUGCGUGCUGCACUCCAUACUCCAAAUAGUGUCGCCUCCUUGACACUACCCUUCGCGCGCCUCUCCUCACCGCAAACGGUUACGCUCGCUAUCCCGCUGCCUUCCGGGGCACAUCGUGUGUUUACUUCAUUUUCUUUCGUUAAACUUAUUUUUACCUAUUCGUAAUAAUGGCUGGUCCCGGUGGUGGCCCUCCUCGUCGCAGCCACACCAAAUCCCGGAAAGGGUGUGACACCUGCAAGCGUCGCCAUAUCAGGUGUGAUGAAAACUUCCCUCAAUGCCGCAACUGCACCAAGCACAAGAUCCGCUGCCCGUACAAUGAUGUUUCCGUUCCAGAGGAUAGGGCUGGCUCGCCUGACAAGCCGGAUCUGAUGUGGACGCCGGAGACCGAAGCUACCAUCGACCAGUGGCGCCGCACCGGAGUGUUUCCCUUCCCGAGUCUGGGCAUCUACCCCGCCCCUGCCCCUGAGCUCCUGACGCUCGAGGAUCUGAGGUUGAUCCAUCAUGUUGCAUCCAUCAGCCACCAGAUGCAGGAACUCGACGCCAGCGACUUCACCCUUUGGACCCGGCAGAUUCCUACCAUCAUCAGGAUCGGCGCGACCCACCGCUAUGUCUUGCAUGCUCUGCUGGCGUUCUCUGCCAUGCACCUUGCAUAUCUGACUGGCUGCCCAGCCGUUGGGAAUAUGGCUUACGAGCAUCGCGGCGUCGCCUUGAAGGGCCUUCAAGAGGCCAUCAGUACGUUCUCCCGCGAGACUUCCGACGCCAUCCUUGCCGCUUCUCUUGUCCUCUCGUGGCAAGCCACGGAUUGGCGGAGCUGGACCCAACUCAUGCAAGGAACCUCCUCUGUUAUCGAGGCCAUGGACCCCUGGAAGCACGAGUCCCAGUUUGGUGACUUCAUCGCCGAGAGCAGCACUUUCCCAACCGCUCCCCCAUCGCCCACUCCGGAUCACCAGCCCAGCCAGCCCCGCGAGGAUGACCUGGAAGCGUUCCAACGCGCCUUGCAGCAGCUGCAAAAACUCGAGACUUUCCUCAAGAAGAAUCGCGAAGAUACUAAGGCGGUUGCCCAACUCAUCACCUUCAUGAAAGGCUCCCGCAAGGUCACGUCGUCCCUCUCCGUGGCCCAGCAGUUCGACCGGCUUAAGCCUCUGCGGACCUGGCUCUUUUGGCUGCCCGUCAUGUACCUGCAGCGGAAUGGUGCAUCGCCAAGCGCCUUGGUAGUGAUUGCUCAGUACUACACGGCCGCCCUGCUGAUGGAACGUCUCUUCCCCGAGAUCGGCGCUGCCUAUUUUGGAAGCAUGACCAUCGGCCCGGUUGAGCAGAUCGCUCGCCGUCUUUAUGCCAUCCGCAAUUCCGGUCAUGCCGACGGCGAUGUCCAGACGCCCCUCAACCUGAUGGAGUUCCCCAUUGAGACGGUCAAUGAGUUCCGCUCGCGGAUGGGAUGGGUCCAGCCUGUGCGCACGCCGUCAUUCCCUCAGUUCGAUCAGCCCAGCUUCUACAUGAACGAAGGUUCCCCCCUGAUGAUGUCAGCCAACUUGUCUUCCGAGUACCUGCCAUACGGUGACAACGUGGCGUUCAGCUACAGCACCGAGGAUCUCUCUGUCAUUCCGGAGACCGGCCCGAGUAGCGCCAUUAGCCCGCUCCAGCUGUCGUCGCCCUACGUGAACCCGCACUACCUCAAUAUCCCCAGCCCGUCGUACGGGGGGUAUAGCCCUGCGUCGAGCACCUAUGGCGACUUUGGCGACGCGUCUUCACUUGUCUACAGCGAUGCUGAAGACAACGGCUCCUACGGCGGUUACACGGCCACCUCACCAAUGCUGGGCGGUGCCAACACUUACGGCGUCGGGCCUUCGUAUCUGAGCACCACCCCGGAUUACCCCCCUCCUGAAAAUCGGUCUCCUUGGCUGCCAACUCAACACCCAACCUUCGCACCAUCGCCCUUCCCGAGUCCUGAGCAGCCAUUUCUCCCAGUUCCCGCGUCGCCCAGCUCCCAGUUCGUCACUGUGGUGACUCAAGAGGAGAGUAACUUGGCUUCCCACACCGUGCUCUCCGCGCCGCCAAGCGCCCAGGACAAGGGAGCAGGCAGGACCGCAUAGGGGACGCGACAUUCUCCCAUACCUGGCUACGAAGUUUACGACUCCCUUCUAAAUAUUUUCUUUUGCCAAGCACGCCGCUUGCUGCUUUCUUCGCCUCAACACAGACGCAAUUGUACACCACAAUCCUUUCAACGAUCACACACUCGGCUCGACAGCAGCGACUCCACGGCAUUCUCAUGACGUGUUACACUCCUUUACGACUGCGACGAUCU